CAGUUCUUACGGAAAAGUCAGAUAAAAAGAAAGAAGAAGGGGAGAAAAUCCGGAGAGAAAGAUACAUUAGUGUCCACGAACCCUUUCACUCUGUCUCCUCCGUCAGCUUGCUUGAUUCGUAGAGGAAGUUGGCGAGUCGUGAAUAGAAAGAGAAGAAAUGGAGGGAAUUGGCCGCGGCUCUACUUCGAGGCUUUUCUCUGUUUCGUCCUUCUUCUUCUUCUUCUUCUUGAUUUUGCACAUGGCCGUGCAUUCAUUCGAGAAUUCUCGAUCCGAAGCCGCAAAACUCCCAGACGAAGAAAUUGCUGCUCUCAAAUCCAUUGGAAGCAAAUUGAGGAAACAGAAUUGGAACUUCAGUGUGGAUCCAUGUUCCGAAAGCUCAGGUUGGAACACAACUGACGUGGACUAUGGACAUUUGAACAGUGUCAUAUGUAAUUGCUCUUUCAUGAAUGGGAGUGUCUGCCAUGUAGUAAGCAUAGCUCUAAAGAGUCAGAAUCUAACAGGGGUACUUCCAGAGGAGUUGAACAAGCUGAGGUUUCUGAAUACAUUUGAUCUAGCACUUAAUUACGUCAAUGGGACCAUUCCAGCUGGCUGGGCCUCCUUACCAUUGGUUAAUCUGUCCCUUAUGGGAAAUCGUGUAUCUGGAUCCAUUCCAAAAGAGCUUGGAAAUAUCACCACCCUUGAACAGCUGGUAUUUGAUGCAAACAAGCUUGAUGGGAUUCUUCCUCCAGAUCUUGGAAAUUUGACCAGAUUGACUAGAUUGUCCCUCAAGUCAAAUAAGUUUGCAGGAUCAUUGCCAUCAACCUUUGGAAACCUCACAAGCAUGAAAGACUUCCGGAUCACAGGAAGCAACAUCACUGGGAAGAUACCAGAUUUUAUUCGCAAUUGGAGCCAACUUGAGACCUUGGUAAUAAUGGGCACAUCUAUGGGAGGGCCAAUACCUUCAGGAAUAUCUGUUUUACGGAAUAUGACUGACCUGAGAAUUACUGACUUAAAGGGACCUGGUUCAGGGUUUCCACUGCUGCAAAAUAUGAAAAAAUUGAGAACAUUGAUAUUGAGAAACUGUUUAAUUUCAGGUGAAAUUCCACCAUACAUUGGGAUCCUGACUAAUCUGAAAAUACUUGAUCUUUCAUUCAACAACUUAGCAGGACAAGUCCCACAAUCUAUCGAUGGCCUUAAAGUUCUAGAAGCUGUGUUCCUCAGGAACAAUAAGUUGACUGGGGAAAUACCUGAUUGGGUCUAUCGCAGAGCCAUUAGCUUGGAUUUAUCAGAGAACAAUUUCACAGCGACAGCAUCACUUUUUUGUCCAGCACAACCGGACGUGGUCUCUAGCUUAUCUUCAGUGGAUGAUAAUUCGGUGCCUUCAUGCUUAAGGAAGGAUUUUCCUUGCGAUAGUACACCAAAAUACUAUUCCUUGUUUAUAAAUUGUGGAGGGAAUCCAUAUACAUCUCAUGGGAAUGCAUAUGAAGGAGACACAGAACCACGUGGGGAAUCUAUGUUCUUCUAUAGCCCAACAAAGACUUGGGCUUUUACCAGUACUGGGAGAUCCAUUGAUUCUCAAAGUUUUGAUUAUGUGGUUACAAAUUCAACUCGAUUGCUAAUGGCUGAUCCGACACUAUACAUGAAUGCACGUUCUUCGCCAAUCACAAUGACAUACUAUGGACUAUGCCUACAGAAGGGAAUUUACAACGUCACACUUCACUUUGCUGAAAUAAUUUUCACUAAUGAUCAGACUUAUAGCAGUCUUGGAGAACGGAUUUUUGACGUAUCAAUUCAGCAUGAGAUAGUACUAAAGAAUUUCAACAUUCAGAACGAUGCUGGUGCCCCAGGCAAGGAGGUUAUUAAAAGUUUUAAUGCCAAUGUGACAGAACACACUCUGGAGAUCAGUUUCUAUUGGGCUGGGAAAGGAACUCUUGAUAUUCCUUCAAGUGGGGUUUAUGGUCCUCUGAUUUCUGCUAUUUCUGUGACACCAAAGUUCAAACCUGCCAACUUUGACGAGUCUUCCAAGAUCUCCAUUGUGGUCAUCAUUCUGAUAGUCAUGGCCAGCUUCAUCAUUAUUAUCUUGGUUUUGGUAAUCCUUUGGCUAAAGGGGUAUCUUGGAAAUAGAGAUGUUCUGGACAAAGAACUCAGAGAUCUCAAGUUGAAAAAAAGCUAUUUCAGCUUGAAUCAUAUAAAAACUGCUACAAAUAACUUUGAUUUGGAAAAUAAGGUUGGAGAAGGCGGAUUUGGACCAGUUUACAAGGGAACACUACCAGAUGGAAGAGUAGUUGCAGUUAAACAGCUUUCAUCAAGGUCAAAGCAAGGAAAUCGGGAAUUCCUGAAUGAGAUAGGUGUUAUAUCUGCUUUGCAACACCCAAAUCUUGUGACGUUAUUUGGCUGUUGUAUCGAUGGCAAGCAGUUGAUGCUAAUAUAUGAAUACAUGGAAAACAACUCCCUGGCGCGUGCUCUUUUUGGUCCAACUGAACACCAAUUGAAGCUAGACUGGGCAACAAGAUGCAGUAUCUGCAUUGGAAUUGCGAAAGGUUUAGCUUAUCUGCAUGAAGAAUCCAGGCUGAAGAUAGUUCACAGAGAUAUCAAAGCUACAAAUGUCCUUCUUGACAAGGAGCUGAAUGCUAAAAUAUCUGAUUUUGGUUUAGCAAAGCUUCACGAGGAUGAAAAUACACACAUCAGCACUCGAAUAGCUGGCACUAUAGGAUAUAUGGCUCCUGAGUACGCAACACGGGGAUACUUAACAGAAAAAGCAGAUGUUUACAGUUUUGGUGUUGUUGUCUUGGAAAUUGUAAGUGGCCAAAGCAAUACAAGUGGCUUACCUGGGGAGGAUUAUACUUUUCUAUUAGACAGGGCUUAUGUGCUGCAAGAAAACGGCAACCUCUUGGAGUUGGUAGACCCCAAAUUGGAAUCAAACUUUUCCAAUGAAGAAGCAAUUGUAAUGCUGAAUUUGGCUCUUCUGUGUACCUGUCCUUCACCUUCUCUUAGGCCCAAAAUGUCUGCGAUUGUUGAUAUCCUUGAAGGGCGAAGCACAAUUCAGGAUGUCCUAAAAUUCGAGUAGCAGCAUUUAUGAGUGGAGCUUUCUCAAGUGCAAAGUGGCCUUCUGAAAGGUAAAUUUAUUAUUCAUUCAAAUCAUGUGAUGACCAACCAAUAGUAUAGUUUGUGGUUGAAAAUGUGGGGCCUAUUCCUUAAUAUGUAUUUGAGACCUUGUUGUGCUUGAAAGAUGUCCAGUGAUAAGUGUAUUACUAACAAAACUAUGAUGUUCACUCGUCUACAUGCAAGAACUCCAAUGUACCUAGCUAAAGAGCUAGCUUAAGAUGUGUUAGGUCAAGGUUGAGAGUUUAAUAAUACUGCGUUUGUCCUGAUGACACUUGUUCUAUGGAUCUGGGUCAUAGUCAUGCUCGAUCUAUGUUGUGUGUAUUAUUGUAAAGGACAUACAAUCAAUGCCAAGCCUAUUGUUUUGUGUUUCA